CGCAUAUUGCCCCUCUCUCGCCUGUAUUCUUGCCCGAAGUCAUAACGGCGAACGGAUUCGCGCUGAACUUCUCGAGAGGUGACCCAAAAAACCACAAUUCGCCACCAUGAGAACUUUCCCAAGCUUGUUUGAUAGUUUUCCACUCUUUACGGUUUCUUUUCUUGUUGUUUCAAUCUCCACUGCGAGAGCUGACAACUGUGAGGUGAAUGUGUGUCUGAAUGGAGGAACUUGUGUGACGGGAGAUGGGAAAGAUUCCUUUAUUUGCAUCUGCACCGACGGCUUCACUGGAAACACCUGCAACGAGACUGAGAUUGGGCCUUGCAACCCUAACCCCUGUAAAAAUGACGGUGUCUGUGAGAUCAUUGCCAACUCACGAAGAGGAGAUGUCUUCAGCGAAUACGUGUGCAAGUGUCCAAUAGGUUUUGAUGGAAUCCACUGCCAGAACAAUGUGAAUGACUGCGCUGGCCAACCCUGUCAGAAUGGAGGCAUCUGUCGAGAUCUUGAUGGAGAUUUCACCUGUAAAUGCCCCUCCCCCUAUGUUGGAAAGCAUUGCCAACUGCGCUGCAUCUCUCUGCUGGGGAUGGAAGGAGGAGGAAUCGCAGAGUCUCAGAUCUCUGCCUCCUCUGUGUACUAUGGCAUUCUGGGGCUGCAGCGCUGGGGGCCCGAGUUGGCCCGACUGAAUAACAAGGGACUCGUUAAUGCCUGGACGUCUGCAACACAUGACAAGAAUCCCUGGAUCGAGAUCAACAUGCAGAGGAAGAUGCGUUUCACUGGCAUCAUCACCCAGGGUGCCAGUCGCAUGGGCACGGCAGAGUUCAUCAAAGCCUUUAAGGUGGCAUCAAGCUUGGACGGGCGAACCUAUACCAUGUAUAGACCAGAGGGUCAGAACAAAGAUAUGGUCUUUGUUGGUAACAUGGACAACGAUGGGACAAAGACCAAUUUGUUUGACCCUCCAAUCAUAGCUCAGUAUGUUCAAAUCAUUCCUAUUGUGUGUCGUAAAGCCUGUACGCUGAGAAUGGAGCUGGUGGGCUGUGAACUCAAUGGUUGCUCUGAGCCACUGGGUAUCAAGUCACGGCUGAUCAAUGACAGGCAGCUGACAGCUUCCAGCUCUUUCCGCACCUGGGGCAUCGAGGCCUUUACCUGGCACCCGCAUUAUGCCCGUCUGGACAAGCAGGGCAAGACCAACGCCUGGACCGCAGCCACCAAUAGUCGCUCAGAGUGGCUGCAGGUGGACUUACUCAGAACAAAGCGCAUCACUGGGAUCAUAACGCAAGGAGCCAAAGACUUUGGUAAUGUGCAGUUUGUGUCAGCCUUUAAAGUGGCUCACAGUGACGAUGGCAAGUACUGGACCAUACUUAAAGAUGACAAGACAAAAACAGAUAAGAUUCUCCCUGGCAACAGUGACAACAACGUGCACAAAAAGAACGUGUUCGAGCCCCCCUUCUACGCACGAUUCGUCCGCAUCUUGCCGUGGGCGUGGCAUGAACGCAUUACCCUGCGAAUGGAGCUUCUGGGCUGUGAUGAGUAAAACUCCUCCCACCUCUUUCUCUCUCUCUUCCCUUUUAUUUUUCCCUACAUUCCUUCUCCUGUGAACCACACCUGCACUGCCUCACUCUUAGCAACAGAGGGCACCAACACCACAGGACCCUGCACAGCUGGGGGACUGACUGAUCUUUCUCGCGGCCGGCGAGAAACGAAUCCCAAACCCACAGUCUGAAUUGUUUAGCAUUAUACAUACUUUGUACUGUACUGCAGCAGUGCCAUAUGAUGAUUAAUUAAAUGCUAAAAUCUACAUUGAUGUUUAUUUACCUUAGAUAUGCCCAUAUAAGGCAACAGCUUAAUUUUACAGAAGUGAAGAAUUACAUUAAAGAAAAUAAAAAAAUACUAUCGUUUUGGAAAAAUUUAAACUGUACAUACCAAGUAUGUCAAUGUAUUUAUUUUCAAAGUAGUUGUCAUUAGUCGAUUGGGUGUAAAUGCUGUCAAAUUGUUUUAUAGAUUAGCUGAUAAAGUGGUUUAAAUGAGCAAAUUACCAAAUCAGGACUCUUAAAAAUAUUGUUGUUUUUGUUGUGCUCUAGUAUACUAAUUUGUACAUUAUGAAAAUACUAAAACUAAAUUGUUUUUUGAAACAGUAUUUGCUGUAAGUCACUUAGGUUUUGACAUGUCUUAAAACUAGACUUAUGCAUUUAACGUGACUAGUUUUUACCAACCUUAUCAAGUCUAAACAUGAAACGUGACAGUCAAUAAUUUAUUAUCAUUUGAUUAGUAUUGUUUAAAUUCGAUGCCUUGGCCAGAGCUGCCAUGGAUCUCAGGUGCAGUUGAAUCGGUGUGCUACUGAAUUUUAUUAUUUUUAUUUUAUUUUUGCAGCAAAAUUAUGAAAUAAACCAAAAGUUUUGAUACAAACAACAUUGUACUCUCAAAAGCCAAAGUGGUCUCAUCUUUCUUGAUAUGAUGUCCUAGCAAAUGUGUAAUUUCCCUUCUAUUUAAAGUGGGGCCACACUUCAAGCAGUAUAUACUUAGAUAUACCCUAUCACUGAACACACGUGCAGCAUUAAAGCUCUUGCAUUAUAAGAUGCGAGGAGGGGGGUGGGUGCAAAUCUAAUUUUUGAAUAAUUUAUUCGGUGGCACUGAAUAUCUGAUAUGACCGUCCAAUCUACAUAAUGCUUUCAAAAUGAUGCAUUGUGACCCCCAACCCAUCCACUCUAAUAAAUAUAAAGUUUUGGGCUUGUGCAAUAUGAUAUAAGUAUUAAUAUGAAUUAAUAUUAAUGGAGCUUAAGGGGAAAAUAUAUGGGCAGGAUUCCCCGAGAUGUUAUCUAAAAUGAAUUUAAGAGGGUUAUUCAAGGUAACAAACACUGAAGAAUAAUAGCAUAAUCCAGCAUGGUUCUGUAUUUUGGCUGCAUGCAUUUCUUUUUUCUUAUGUACUCAGUACCAAUUUGUACCAAUGUUGCAUUUGAUUUUCACACAGCAUCUUUGUUAUUUCUAUUAAGUGUGUUCUUUCAAUGAUUUAAAAAAAAUAUAUAUAUAUAUAUUUUUAAUGCCUCAUACUGUAACGUUCUUCUUGUGUUCACAUUGUUUAAACUAGUUGCAUUUCCAUAGUAUCUCUUGAAAUAUUUUCCUCAUGUUCUUAACUGUAGGAAUAAAUAAAGAAUACAAGUAGAUA